UUCUGACCCCUCGUUCCCGUUCGUUUUCUUUGGGUAUAUAAAAAACAUGAGGACCAUGGCGAUUCCCUCCUAUCCCCAUUUCCUCGGCUCCGAGAAUCCUGCCAUGGAGUCUGGCUUGUUGGGUCCCCCUCAAUCCCCUCCCUCUUCCUCUGCCUCUUCCUCGUUGCCUCCCGCCGUCGCCCUCACCCAGGACGACCUCAAGCGGAUCGCCGCCUACAGGGCCGUCGACUACGUCCGGUCCGGCAUGGUCGUCGGCCUCGGCACCGGCUCCACCGCCCGCCACGCCGUCGACCGCAUCGCCGACCUCCUCCGCCGCGGCGAGCUGUCCGGCAUCGUCGGCGUCCCCACCUCCACCCAGACCCACCAGCAGGCCCUCUCCCUGGGCAUCCCACUCUCCGACCUCGACUCGUGCCCCUCCCUCGACUUGGCCAUCGACGGCGCCGACGAGGUGGACCCCGACCUCAACCUCGUCAAGGGCCGGGGCGGGUCGCUGCUCCGGGAGAAGAUGGUCGAGGGGGCUUGCCGGAAGUUCGUCGUCAUCGUCGACGAGAGCAAGCUCGUCGAGUAUCUGGGCGGCAGCGGCCUCGCCAUGCCGGUCGAGGUCGUGCCCUUCUGCUGGAAGUUCACCGCCGAGAGGCUGCGGCGGCUCUUCGAGGACGCGGGGUGCGCCGUCAAGCUGCGGACUUUCCCGGAGACUGGGAAGCCAUUUGUGACCGACAACGGGAAUUACAUUGUGGACUUGUACUUCAAGAAGGACAUUGGGGACUUGAAGGUGGCAAGCGACGCCAUACUGCGGCUGGCCGGUGUCGUCGAGCAUGGGAUGUUUCUCGACAUGGCGACCACCGUGAUCGUGGCGGGGAAGCACGGGGUUGAGGUGCUGAACAAAUAGUGAAGUAGUUUUGAUUGGUUCGCCGCGAUGAAGUGGCUAUUCCUAACAAAUUUAUUAGUUUGAGAACCUGAAUUACGGGAUUGUUGAGGCGAGCCGGCCGGAAGUUUUGGCCGGCGAUCAUUGGGAAGGGCAAGUUUUUUUAUUUUUCCUUUUUCCCUGUCUUUUCUAUAGGACGUUAGGAAGAACAGUAUGUGGCAGGAGUCCACUCAAAUUUUGCUGUUUUCUGGAGAGAAACUUUGGGGGGACAUUGGAACAUUCAUGGCUUUCUUAGGAAAGCUGAUUGACAAGCUUCUGUAUACCUAAAAUCAUGCUCUUUUAAAUGCAAGUUCUGCUUUAUUUA